CAGAUAUUGAAAUCUCAUCCAAACAAAACACAUUAUAAAGUACUUGUCAUUAGUACGUAAUUUCUUAGCAAAGGUAAUGGCCCAAGCCCAAGCUCAAGCCCAAGAACACGACAAACAAGGGGGUCUCCUUGUGAAGCAAGUGUUUGUACAACAUGGGCCUUAUGGUUCUAAGGUGCCUCGCAACUACAACUGGCAACUUUUUCAUGGGGAUCGUAUCAGUGAAGUAAUAAUAAAUCAUGGAAAUAUUGUUAAUGGAAUUGGGUUCAACAUAACUAGACCAGAUGGAGGCAGUUAUGUUCCCAAAUUCGGUGGAAAUGGUGGACUACAAUCUAUUAUCAAAUUGAAAGAAAAUGAAUAUCCUAUUGGCUUUAGUGGGAUACAUGGAUACUAUUCAAAUAGCAAUGAAGUUGUUAUUGGCCAAAUUAAGGUACACACCAACUUAUACAUUGAAGGAUAUGGGCCGUAUGGAUUUGGUAUGGAUCUUAUACAUGUAGCGCAAUUUGUGACACCCUAUGAAUAUGGUCUCCCUCUUAUGGGCAUUUUCGGUAGGCAAGGCAGCUAUCUUGAGUCCAUCGGGGUUCUACUAAAGUUCGACUAAGGAUGAAAAUUAAAUUUCAAUCUCUAGUUUGUGGAUGAUGAAGUCUUGGGCUACCAUAAUAAAACGAUAUUGUAAUUUUAUUUUGACUGAUUUCUAAUUUCAAUAAGCCAUAUUUAUGUUUGUGGCCUUUCAAGUUUAUUUUGAAUUAUGUGCUUGAACGAAUGUUGUAAUCUUCCUUAUGUUUGUAUUUUAUAAUUGUACGUGUUCUCCAAGAAAAACAUGUUGUGUUGGCACGUUAUGUUGGACUCAUGGCAGUGCAUGAGUUUAUACGUAAUCAUAUUUCUGAAUAUUAUAUACAUGAUGAUAAUUUGCCUGAUAUAAUGAUAAUUGAUGCUAAUAUAUACAAAGAAUAAUUUAAUUCUUUAUAUAGUUUUAUUGUAAUUUUCAACAUUUUCCAUCAAAUGGGGUCGGGUGAUUUCCAAUACCAAAAUUGCAUGAUGCACCUUGGAAUGGUUCUCUCUCUAUUGCUUUAGUUAGAAUAUAUAACCUCUUGACCGGACAAAAGGAAUGCUUACUAUUUUGGCCAUUAAUUUUUCUUUUCUAAAUAUCUAUUAACUUUGACAUAUUUAAUUUGAUCUUGCUGAAUUGUACGGUAUGAAAUAUUGAUUCGUGUUUUGUAUUACAAUAUUGUUCACAACUUUGUCUCGUUGAAAACCAAGUUUCAAAAGAAGUUUCCUGAUCCAUGGUACCUCCAUGACCCAUUUAGAAAUUUCUUUAAAUUAUGCUAUAGCACUAGACAAGGAAACAACUUUUUGUUUCUUACUUUUCUAGGUCACUAGAUUAUCUCAUAGCAAGGAUAAGUACGCUGAUAUUGAUUUUCUUUCGGUACAUUUUUCCCUUAACUGAUGUACCCUUAACAUACAUGAUCCUUCAUAAAGCUACCUCUAAGUGGUGAUCUUGAGGAUACUACAUAAAUCUACUUACCACCUUAAGUGAAUAGGCUAUGUUUAGUCGAGUAUACGAGAGAUAAAUCAGUUUUCCUUACCAAACUUUUGUAUCUCAAUUUGUUAAUUUUCGCUCUUUAAUGAUAUUUAAACAAUAAUUAAAUAUAAGUGGAGCUUUUGAUGGUUUACAGUCCAACACCCCAGUUUCUAUCGGUAAGUCUAAAAUGUAAUUUUUUGGCAAAUCAAGAUCCUCCUUUUUCAUUUAAGCACUUCAAUCCCUAGUAAGUUUUUUGAUCUAAGCACUUCAAUUCCUAUUAUGUAUUUUAAUCUUUCAUGAUCUUUCAUCUUAAAAUCUUUAAACAAUUUCUUUUAAGCGAGCUUAUAUCUUCUUUAUCAUCUCUAGUGUGUGAUCUGAGUUACUAUAGAAAUAUCCAAACCUCUUCAUAGCAAGGAUGAACUUUUCGAACCAUGUUCGAGGAUAUUGUUUCCACACAUAAAAGGCUUUUUUCUAUUUGCAUCUCAUCUUUUGAGAAGUAACCUAAGAAAUUUAGAGAUGCUUGUUUAAUGAGUUCUUCUUAAUGAUUUCUUCUUGUAGCUCACAAUGGUAAGAAGGCGUUUUUCAUAAUGAAUUGAUCACAUAGCUAGUCUUUAUUUGCAGCUACAAAGAAGAAAAAUCCUUGUUGAUAUAAGUAUGACUCGAACUGAGUCUCGUAUAUGGGGAUGAAGGUGAUGAUGAUGGCGUCUUCCAGUAACUUCAGCCGAGUCGUCGUAGAGGGAAGAAGGAGCAACGCUGAGUUGGCGGAUAGUGCUGAUUUGCGUCAUUGCUUUCCAGAGGUUGAAGCCGAGUCGGUGGCCAUGGAGGUAAGCUUAAGCCACCUCGGCGAUUGAUGCUGGUUGUUUUGGGUUUUCUCCAGUAUACUAAGCCGAGGCGGUUGUGGGCUCGUGAAAGCAAGCCGACUCGGCGGCAGUUGCCUUUCGUACAGGGCAGUUUUCGUGGGUCAGUUAUUGAUAGUUUUUUAGCAUGAUGUUUAUGGGUGGUUAUUCCAUGAAUGUUGGCCGAUUAUUACUUUGUAAUUCUUGCCCCAAUAUUUUUUAUUGUGAGACAUGAUAUAAAAGGUCCCAGGUAAUUAGUAUUGUAUAAUGCUAUGAAAAACACAAACUGAUAAACUAAGAGAGAAAACUUUGGAGAGCCAUUAUUGUGGUGUCUCGUGUUCAUCUUGUAAUCUUUUAAUUUAUAGUGAAAGUUUAUUCUCGGUGA